AAUAUUUUUGAUACAGAAAUCAAUAACAUUGAACUACAGAUCGAACGAUGGAUCCUAAUAAACUAAGGUUUUAUACAGAAAAAAAUGAAAAGGAAAAUAGAAAUAUAACGCUAGUGGAAGAAUUCAUACCAAUGCCUCAAUCAAAAUCUGUAACCAAAAAGUUUUACGCAAAACACGACGUCAUUGCGAUAUCCGAAAUUCCACCAGAAUAUAUACAAAUUAUAGAAAGAUACGCAGCACUGACACCAAAGGAUAUUUAUUCUUACAAACCUCCGACUGUGAAUAUGGAUUACGGCUGGUUUACGAAACCGUUAAUACCAAGAUCUCUGGACCCGCGGCUCCACUUUCCAAAAAAGCUUUGCGAUUUCAUUGAGAACGAAUUGAAGUUGCGUCAAUUGAACAAGGGCGUACCUGUUAAAAAAUUUGUCGGAGUACCAUUCAAGGCAUGAUAUCCAAAAACAUGAUUAGUAUGAAAAGGAUAGAUAAG